GCUGACAAAGUAAAUUAUAGCCAAUUAUAGACUUUCCCCUACUGGGAUAUUUGUCUUUAGUUACUCUCACUCAGCCUCUCACUCAACACUAAAAACUUGCUCGCACCUCUCUGUUUUCUGCUUUGGGGUUUUGCACUGGCGUUUGUCCUUUGAGCUUGAGUUCAUGGCUUCAUCAUCAAGGAAAACUUGCCUUCAAUGUCAAGCCUCCAGCUCCAGCUCCAACUCCGACGGUUUCAGAAACGGUUGGCGCCUCCGCAGCGGCGAGUUUGCUCAGCUCUGCCGCCGUUGCGCUUCUGCCUAUGAUGAGGGGAAGUUCUGUGAGACUUUCCAUUCAAACGAUGAUGGUUGGAGAGAUUGUGAAGCUUGUGGGAAGUUGGUCCAUUGUGGAUGUAUUGUAUCAUUCAAUACAUAUUUGCUGCUGGAUUUUGGUGGAAUUAUGUGCAUUGAGUGCUCAAAGAUUAGUUUUAUCCUGGAGCAUUUUCUUUUCCUUCAAGCUUACCCUCCCAAUAGUGCAAGAAACCGUUGCAUGUAUCCUGCUAGUCCACUACCGUUUGGUGAUCCUCAGCAGGAUCCCUCAAGGAAGAACCAAAAGGAAUCCCAAUAUUGCCCUCAUGCCAAUGGGUCAGAGCUGCAACAGAUCUGCACAAUCCCUGGCUCCAUUGUCACUCCUCUGUUUGAGAAGGUUUUGUCUGCUACUGAUACUGACCUCAAACUGUCACGUCUCUUCAUACCUAAGACGUGUGCAGAGACAUUCUUUCCAGACCUUUGUGGACGGCAUGGGAUGCCAAUCAGUAUCCUGGAUACGGAAGGCAAGCAAUGGGAAUUUUUCAUCCGUUGCUGGCCCAAUCCUAGCAGUAAGACGUAUGUUCUAGAAGGGCUGAGAGAUUACAUUAUUGCCAAGAAAUGGCAGGCAGGUGAUAUAGUAACAUUUUGCCAAACUAAACCAGGAGGAAAGUUGAUGAUGGGAUUAAGGAAAACUUCUACCGGCUCUGCCUCCUCAUGAGUCAUGAGAUUUAAGCCUUGAGAGUAUUGCAAGCUGCAGCAGAGUUAUUGCCGUCGUUCAUAUGCUGUUGUCAAUGGUCGAGAAUUUUAACGGAGCAUAUAGGGGCACAUCUCGUUCUUUUUUUCAUGGUCCCAUGAUUUUUUAGUUCUGCUCAAGCUCAAUCUUUAAUAAAGAUGUAUUUGCAAAAGUACAUUCAUGAUUGGUUUUUCGAAAUGUAAAAGCGAGAAACAUAGCCAAAAA